AUGCUUAUUCGCACGCUCGGGAAGUUCGAGGCCGUCACCCUGCUCGAGGAGGUCAACGCUCUCCGCCUGUAUAUGCCCCUGGCCCUGUCGUUGAGCCUCGCCGGACGAUACUACGAGCCCAACUUUACAGACCCGGUCUCGCCCGUGGAUGAGGAGUUUGCGCUAUUUAAACCCUGCCAAGACUUCAACACGUCCAGAUACGGCGAUCCCGUCUCGGUGGUGUGCGAGUCAGCUGACACGGACUGGAAAUUUGAGAAUAUCACAAAGCACAACUACGCAUACGCAUUUAGCAAGUCAGAGAGGCGGACGCUCACAUACGACACCAAGGAUACCCUAACUAAAAAGGCAAGCAAAAAUGAACGCAUUCAGAAGACUGAAUAUGUCCAAAUAGUUGUGUGGAAUAUCGAAGAUUCAGAACAGAUCAGGAAAGGAAAGCCACCCAUACAGUUUUCAUCUGCGAAGCUUACUUUGUGA